AUGGAUCCUGUUUGCGGCACAGUCGGCCUGGUUGCUGGCGUGGGCUCUAUUAUUUCUAUUGUGGGAAAAUCGGUACAGACCUUGACCAGCCUCCGGCAAAAGUACAAGGAGGCAGAGUUGAACAUCACUCUCCUCACCGGUCAUCUUCGGACUGUGCGUAUGGCGCUCUUUCAGGUCCAAACUUGGGCUACGGAAUGUCUACCUGGCGAGUCCCAACACCAUCAGUUGACGGUUGACCUCGAAGAUGCCGUCAGUCAUUGCCGAUUACUGGUCGAAUACAUCGACAACCAAAUCUCUAAAUUUGAUUGGGAUAAUGACGAAGAGUUGGGAGUCGGGAGCAAAGUCCUUUAUCUCCUUGAGGAUCAAGCCACCAAAGACUGUCUCAACCGCCUUGAUCAUCAAAUCAACGCUCUCAAUCUUUGCCUGACGGCCUUCAAAUGUCGAACCCCCAACGAACAAAAACGACUGCUUGAGAGAGACGAGAGCCGAGAUGUCUUCAGCCGAGCCCGGGAUGAUGCCACCUCUCUUAUCGUCUUCCGGGACUCUGCGUCGUUCGCCACGUCUCGAGCCCGGACAUCAGUCGAUACUCAAUUCUCCAAGACCUUUGACUUCGACGGACUCCUCCUCAAACACAAGAUCUAUCAGAACAGUUUCCGCUCCAUGCUCAGGCGUGCUGUAAGCCCCACUGAAAGCCGUACCGAAGCAAAAGGCGGACGAAGGGCCUUGUCCGACACUCCAGUCUUUCAGCUCAAGAGCAACUCCAGAGAUUCGGCCAAGAUCGACUCCAAGCUGAAGAAAGAUGCUCGGAGACUGAGCAAAGAAAUCAAAAUUCUCGCCGUCGGAGACAAACAUGGCAGAUCGGCCAUUGUCAAACAGCUGCGGCACCGUUAUGGUCAUCCCUUCUCCGACACCGAAGUCGAAUAUUACCGACAGACCAUCACAUCGCUCGUGGUCAAAGCGCUGGUUGCUGUUCUGGACUAUGAGAAAGAAACUGGUGCCGGCCUCGUCAGUCAAGGGAGCAGAGACCAUGCUCAGCUUAUCCGCGAGUUUGCAGAGUCCGGAGGUCCAGCAUGGAGAGUCCCUGUUGAGAUUACCCUUGCCGUCAAGCAUAUAUGGCAUAACUGGCAUGUCAUCCAAGCCUUUUCAGUGAUGCAACAACAUGGACAGACCGCAUAUUUCCUUAACGCCAUUGAGAGAAUCUGCCAGCCCGAUUACGUGCCCACCAACAUGGAUAUCAUCCGCGCCCCUGAGGUCAUCGACACAAUGAAAGAGACGGAACUGGUCAUGAACACCACGACGGUCCGUGUGAUUGAAAUCCGCGAACAAUGCACAACCAAGAUAUUCCCUCUCUUCGCAGACAUCCAAUUCUGUCUCUUUGCGAUCGAUCUGACCUGCUAUGACCGCUACCUCGACGACGGAAAAGGGCGGACGAAUGAACUUCGCGAUCGGUUCUCAUUCCUGAAGGGGAUCUCGCGAUCGUCCUAUUUCGCCAAAACCAUCAUCUUGCUCGUCCUUACUAACGCGGCUGCGUUUGAACGACAGAUCGCUGUUUCGCCUCUCAACUCGCAUUUUGAAGACUACACGGGGGCCAAUGAUGUGCAUGCCGCAACCAAAUAUGUGUUGAAGCGGUGCAAGCGAGCGAAUCAGAUGGAUUUGCCGUUGUUCUGGCACAUUUAUGACUGUUCGGAGCCUGGAUCCCAGGCCAUAGAUGAGUUCUUUCAACAGUCGGCGGCGAGUAUCUCCGCCGUUUCGUGGGUCAUUGGCCUUGGAAUAUAA